UCCCGAAGGUACUGCGGUCAAUGGCGUGGGACCACCGGUGAUAGCCCAGAAUACGCAGACGCCCCAAAGAGACUUCCGUCUGGUGUUCAAAUGCCGCGCCGCAACUUGCGCCGUCAAACUUCGAAUGACCGUGAAAGCCCUGCUCUUCGCUCCACGAGUUGUUUGAUUGCCCUGCUGGGACGGGAUGAGCCGAUGGUUGCCAGCUCGAGAGAUGGCCUGUCAGCACGCCAAAAAAACUGAACUUUGUAUUUCUUUAAAGAGGACAAGGCCGGGACGACUUUCAGCGACGCCCACCAGAACGCGACUGCCAUGGACGCCAGCAGCGCAAGCUUUGCACUUCACGAGCUCGCUGUGUUCGCGUCUGCCGACGCUGGGCAGACGGGACAGUCACUCCGCGAUGCAUGCCUCUGCUUGCGCGUCGGCACCUGCGAGUUCUCCAAGGGCACAUGGGCGCUGCACAUCAACGAUGGCCAUCCGACCAUUUCCCCGCUCUUGGACGCGCUUGUCGCUAUUCCAGAUGCCCGCCGCCAUGUCGCGCAUCUUCUCGUCGAACAGGCAUUCGGCGCCACGCAUGCGUCCGACCCAGAAGAACACGCAAGGCUCAUGGUGCUUGAGAAGAAAUCUGCCCAUGAGGUCAAAAGGCUCCUGGAGUUGCUGGCCCCAACGCUGCAGACUUUGACCCUCAUCCGCGCGUCGGUUGACCCAAUUUCCCCGGCUUUGCGAGGCACCAGCGUGCUCAAGGGCCUGCACCUCCCUUUACUCCAGCAACUGUGCAUCUCUGGCCCUGCCGAGACGACGGCUGCGUUCGAGCUGCCGCUAUCGCCGAAGCUUGCGCCUUCGCUUCGACGACUGCAAGUCCCCAGCGACAUGCUCCAUCCCCACCAGGCGUCCGCCUCUCGCUUGACCGUCCCGCACCUUGCGCACCUCGUCGUGUCGCCUCUGCGGGCGCGCUGUACAGCCUCUCAGCUCGAGGCGCUGCGCACAUAUGGCGAGAACAUCGGCGUGUUCGUCAAGACGGGCAAGGAGGCUCUCGGCGGCUCUCCGCCGUCUUCCUCGGCAACGGGGCCCUGCGUAGAGGUGGUGGCCCCUUUGUCGCUUAACGCGGCCCGCGUGGCUGAGGUCGGACGGCUCCAUUGGGAGCUGCUGGGAUGGCUGAGGCCAGAGCUGUCACGCUCAUGCCUGAAGUUCAACGCCAUCGAGCGAAAUGCAGAGCCAACGUACGAAGAGACAGCGGUCACAGUUAAGACAGAGUGGUUAGUGCGUCGUCGGGAAUAUGUUCUGAGAUGAGUGACGAAAGCCCGUCCGUCGUGUUUCAUCGGUAAGUUAUCUGUG